CAUCGUUUAGAUAAGAAACUAUGCUAGUUGUAAGCAGAUACAAGUUGUCUCAUUUGUAGUGCAACAAUGAAGAUCGUUCUGUUUUGUUUCCUUUUGGCAAUUAGUCACCCAUUUAUUUUUUGUCAGGAUGCAGAUAAACUCCAAUUGAUAUUAUCUCGGAUUGAUACCCUGGAAAAUACAGUCGCAUUGCAACACGAACGUAUACAGGUUAUUCAAAAAAGAGAUGAGUCACAACAAAAGCGCAUUGAAGAACUAGAGAACAUUGUUAAAGCUCAACAGACAUUUAUCAACGGUGUUCUAGCUCAUGCCAAGGAAGAAGACGUCAUAGCUCGUGGCAGUGUUGAGGGCGUCAUAACUGAAGCCGGAGUAAAGAAAAGCCAACAUGAUACGGCAGGUAUCGUUUUGGACACAGACAUCAAUGGAAAUAAAGAAACUCAGCCAUUGCUUGUUGGUGAUCCGGGAAGGAACAUAUCAGAUGUAUUUACUAGUAUGGACAGCAUUGGAGAAUAUCGACAUUUUAAAAGACGCGGGAAAACAAUGGCACGUCAGUUACAAGAAACAGUUGCUUUUCAUGCGACAAUCGAUGUGCAAACUCACGUCACGCAGCUUACAAUUGGGCAGACAAUCGUGUUUGAUUCAGUCCAUCUGAACAUUGGAGGAGGGUACCACAGCUCGGGAGGACUAUUCAUUGCACCUACAGCAGGAAUCUAUAUGUUUUCAUUAUCUGUUAUGUUAAAUACGCCAUCACACUGGAUAUCUCUGGAAUUGCUAAAAAAUGGCGCAAUAUUAGCUGAAACAUAUGCUAACGGAUAUGAUCAAGGAUCCGUAUCGGUUGCUACGCAACUUAAGGUAGGGGAUGAAGUGUUUGUAAAGGUACAUGGCAGUGACAGCGGCAUGGUUUAUGGUGAAAAGUUGACCAGUUUCACGGGUGCCCUUAUUAUGCCUUAUUAACGUAUAUGUAUUUGUAUAGCUAAUUCUAAUCGGUAAUAAAAAGAAAAUUGCCUAUUA